CGUUUUCGACUGGCAAGUACCAUGGAUUACUUGGUUUUGCCUCAUUUUUCUGGUUAUCUUCACUCUGAUACUCUACUUCGUUCCGAUAAGGGUGGUUCUAUGCAUAACAGCCAUGUUUAUGACCGCCUUGCAGCACACCGUCAGCCCAUUCGACGUGCUUUGGAAAUCGUUCUGCAACACUAA